AUGGCUGAAGAUCGCUACUCAGAAGCAGGUUCAUCAUCGGGUGCCGCGGGGCCAUGGCUCAAGGUCGCUCCGGUCCUUAAGCUUGCAUCAUCAUCACGGCACCAUCUCACGCUGCGUCACCCAGACACUCAAGAAUACCACUCGCUCCUGAUCUUUUCCUUUCCAUCGCCAACAUCACAGCCAUCGGCAGGCGAGACUGUGACAUCCCCACCAAGCUCGAACGUUCCGAGUGACGACACCUACUACUGCAUGGAAGCAACCUGCCCACAUCUAGGUGCGCCCCUCGAGAAUGCCACAAUCGAAGCAAGCGAUGCCGACUUCCACGGCGACAUCGAGGACAUGGUCGUGGUCUGUCCAUGGCACGAGUACGACUUCAGCUUGCGCACUGGAGAAUCUUCGCAUGGUAUCUCAGCUUGCGUCUAUUCAUGCCAAGUCAGAAACGAUAUCCUGUUCAUUCAACCACCCAAGCCGUCCAAUCUCUCGGCAGAUCAGGAUGUCCACAGCGCUACCGCUAGAUGGGAGCUCGUUGAGCUACGGCCUGUCAGCGAAGCUUCACCUGCAGUCGCAUCGCGUCAAGACGCUGCACAGUCGUUGCACCUACAAGCGUCGCAGCUGUCGAUUGCCCCGAAUCUUGCUGAUGCGGAUGUCGAGCAAGCGCCAUCUUCAGGCAAGGAGCAAGACGCAGAGUCACCAUUGGAACCGCCUUCGCCCGCUCCCAAGACGCUGGUCGAAUGGGCUGUGCUCGUGCUCAGCACUUCGGAUCCUGUCAAGAAGGUGGCGUACACACGCUUUGCAGCCAAAGCGUUUCGAUCCGGUGAAUGCAAGGUGAUUGGUGGAGGCAGGUGGAACAUAUCCGAUCCUUCCUCCGGACGCAGAGAGUGGAUCACCAAGCCACAAGAAACAGCACCGGAGCGACCACCACGAACGAAGGAGGAGGUGCGAGUCAGGCCAGGUCAAGAAGGCAAGCGCGGACGAGGCGGGACGGAGAAGAGCCGUAUCGCCAUUCUGCACUCGCUCGCCAACAUCGAGCAAUGGGCGAUCGAUCUGGCAUGGGACAUCAUUGCACGCGCUCCACAGCUGUGCGCACAAUUCUUCGCCGGCGAGGACGAAGAUGCGCCGACGCGAAAGAUGCCUUUGCAAUUCUUCAGCGACUUUGUCAAAGUGGCUGAAGACGAGGCCAAGCACUUCUCGCUGCUGACCAAGCGUCUGGAGGAGAUGGGCAGCUACUUUGGAGCGCUACCUGUCCAUCACGGUCUUUGGGACUCGGCUAUGGAGACCGCGCACUCGCUCACCGCAAGGCUGUCGAUCAUCCAUCUGGUUCACGAGGCUCGUGGACUCGACGUGAAUCCCACCACCAUCAAGAAGUUCGAGAAUGCGGGCGAUCCCGAGAGCGUAGAUACGCUGACCGUGAUCCACCUCGACGAGAUCACGCACGUCUCUGCUGGUCAUCGAUGGAUGACAUGGCUCUGCAGCAAUGCAGAGCCUCCUCUCGAUCCGGUUCAGGUCUUCCGCCAAGAGGUGCGCAACAACUUUAUCGGUCGACUCAAGGGACCUUUCAAUGCUGAGGACAGACGCAAAGCUGGGCUUGACAAGGAGUGGUACGAUGACCUGGUGGGCGAGAAGGAGAGGACCUACACCAUGGGUGUCCGUCGCAACGAGGUGCCUGGCGGUUGA